GCUCAACAGCGGAGAGGCGGUCCGCCCCGGCACAGACACAGCACACCUUCAGAUGGAGAUGAAGUAGCAGCGGCAGUCGAUCUAAAGAGAAACGACAGCGUCUCUACCGCGGAUCCGGAGGUUUUCUUCAGGGGGGACAGGUGACAGAGCAAACCGACCGACACUCAGCCGCCUCAACGUCCAUCGGUGGAAAUUAUUGUCGUUUCACCCCUCCACCCACCCCCCCUCACGCACACACCCACCGAUUGCCACAGUACAUGCAUUGCGAUACUACAUGCAUUUCAGCCUGAUCAUCUAAGCCCAGUCCACCAAGAUGGAAAAUGCGCACACUAAAUCAGCGACUGAAGUUUUAGACAACUUCGGUGUGAACGAAAACACUGGGCUGACUCUGGAACAAGUCAAAGUCCAUUUGGAGAAAUAUGGACCGAACGAGCUCCCGGCUGAAGAAGGCAAGUCCCUGUGGGAGCUGGUGGUGGAGCAGUUUGAAGACCUCCUGGUCAGGAUCCUGCUGCUAGCUGCCUGCGUCUCCUUUGUGUUGGCUCUGUUUGAGGAGGGAGAGGAGACGACCACCGCCUUUGUGGAGCCUGUUGUCAUUCUUCUUAUCCUCAUUGCCAACGCUGUUAUUGGGGUCUGGCAGGAGCGCAACGCUGAGAAUGCCAUCGAGGCCCUGAAAGAGUACGAACCGGAGAUGGGGAAGGUGUACCGCAUGAACCGCAAGGCCGUCCAGAGGAUCAAAGCCCGAGACAUCGUCCCGGGGGACAUAGUGGAGGUGGCAGUUGGUGACAAGGUGCCUGCUGACAUCAGAGUGACCUCGAUAAAGUCCACCACCCUGCGAGUGGACCAGUCCAUCCUCACAGGCGAGUCCGUGUCCGUCAUCAAACACACUGACCCUGUCCCUGACCCCAGAGCUGUCAACCAGGACAAAAAGAACAUGCUGUUUUCUGGCACCAACAUUGCUGCAGGUCGCGCCAUAGGUGUCGUCGUCGCUACCGGCGUGACCACAGAGAUUGGUAAGAUCCGUAACCAGAUGGCAGCUACGGAGCAAGAGAAGACGCCGCUGCAGCAGAAGCUGGACGAGUUCGGACAGCAGCUCUCCAAGGUCAUCUCCCUGAUCUGCGUGGCCGUGUGGGUCAUCAACAUCGGCCACUUCGGAGACCCCGUCCACGGCGGCUCCUGGGUCCGAGGCGCCAUCUACUACUUUAAGAUCGCUGUGGCCCUGGCUGUGGCUGCGAUCCCUGAGGGCCUGCCCGCUGUCAUCACCACCUGCCUGGCCCUCGGCACACGUCGCAUGGCCAAGAAAAAUGCCAUUGUUCGCAGCCUGCCGUCUGUCGAGACCCUGGGCUGUACCUCUGUUAUCUGCUCUGACAAGACGGGCACCCUCACCACCAACCAGAUGUCUGUUUGCAGAAUGUUCGUCGCAGACAAGGUGGAAGACUCAAACUGCACCCUUCAUGAGUUCUCUAUAACUGGUUCUACUUAUGCCCCUGAGGGACAAAUACUGAAAGGAGAAAGGCCCGUUCAGUGUGGAGACUAUGAUGGACUUUUGGAGUUGGCCACUGUGUGCUCUAUGUGCAAUGACUCUUCACUGGACUACAAUGAGGCCAAGGGGGUUUAUGAGAAGGUGGGUGAGGCCACAGAGACGGCUCUCACCACCUUGGUGGAGAAGAUGAACGUCUUCAAGACUGACCUAUCUGGACUCAGCAAGGUGGAACGUGCCGGGUCCUGCAACUCGGUGAUCAGACAGUUGAUGAAGAAGGAGUUCACCCUGGAGUUCUCUCGUGACCGCAAGUCCAUGUCUGUCUACUGCACCCCCGUCAAGCCGGGCUCCCAGAGCAAGAUGUUCAUCAAGGGUGCUCCGGAGAGUGUGAUGGAGCGGUGUCAGUACCUACGAGUGGGGACAGGGAAGGUGACGCUGACACCGGCCCUGCGUGACCAGCUGAUGUCUAAGAUCAGGGACUGGGGGACAGGCAGGGACACCCUGCGCUGCCUGGCUCUGGCCACUCAUGACACCCCGCCACGCAAAGAGGACAUGGACCUGGAGAACUCCACCAAGUUUGUGGAGUAUGAGCUGGGUCUCACGUUUGUUGGCUGUGUGGGCAUGCUCGACCCGCCCAGGAAGGAGGUGAUCGGUGCGGUGAAACUGUGCAACGAGGCAGGUAUUCGCGUCAUCAUGAUCACGGGAGACAACAAGGGCACAGCUGUGGCCAUCUGCAGACGAAUCGGCAUCUUCGGGGAGGACGAGGACGUGGCGGGAAAGGCCUACACGGGCCGCGAGUUCGACGACCUCCCGCAGGAGGCGCAGAGGGACGCCGUCAAACGGGCGCGGUGCUUUGCCCGCGUCGAGCCGGCUCACAAGUCCAAGAUCGUGGGAUACCUGCAGUCAUUCGAUGAGAUCACUGCCAUGACGGGAGACGGUGUGAACGAUGCCCCAGCCCUGAAGAAAGCAGAGAUUGGCAUCGCCAUGGGCUCUGGGACUGCGGUGGCCAAGUCAGCAUCUGAGAUGGUGCUGUCUGAUGACAACUUCUCCACCAUCGUGGCUGCCGUGGAGGAGGGCAGAGCCAUCUACAACAACAUGAAGCAGUUCAUCAGAUACCUCAUCUCCUCUAACGUGGGAGAAGUCGUCUGCAUCUUCCUGACGGCCAUCCUGGGUCUCCCCGAGGCUUUGAUUCCAGUGCAGCUGCUGUGGGUUAAUCUGGUGACCGAUGGCCUGCCUGCCACUGCCCUGGGCUUUAACCCGCCAGACCUGGACAUCAUGGACAAACCCCCUCGCAACCCGAAGGAGCCUCUCAUCUCUGGCUGGCUCUUCUUCAGAUACCUGGCCAUUGGAGGAUACGUGGGUCUUGGAACAGUAGGCGCUGCGACGUGGUGGUACCUGUUUGAUGAGGAAGGCCCACAAGUGUCUUUCUAUCAGCUGCGACAUUUCAUGCAGUGCACCGAUGAUAACCCCAUGUUCCAGAAAAUAGACUGUGAGGUGUUUGAGUCCCGCUACCCCACCACCAUGGCCCUGUCUGUGCUGGUCACCAUCGAAAUGUUCAACGCGCUCAACAGUUUGUCUGAGAACCAGUCCCUGGUCAGGAUGCCUCCCUGGGUCAACAUCUGGCUGCUGGGAGCCAUCAUCCUCUCGCUCUCCCUCCACUUCUUAAUCCUCUAUGUUGAGCCUCUGCCGCUCAUCUUCCAGGUGACCCCCCUGCGCUGGUCCCAGUGGAUCAUGGUCCUGAAGAUCUCCAUCCCGGUCAUCCUCCUGGAUGAGGCACUGAAAUAUAUGUCCAGGAACCAUCUAGAAGCCUAAAUUCUUUUUAUCUCACCUUCUGUGAAAAGGUGAUGAGGAGAAGAAAUAUCGGAGGAGAUGGCAGCUGAACUAAGACCUCUCCCUCAACACACUCACACAGUUUAGACACACGUCUACCCUCUUCCCUUUAUGAGCUAGGAGCCUUUUCUCUCCUCCCCCUGUCCUCAUUCCCCGCUCCUGCAUGUCCAACAAAGCACCACUAGAAAAUGAGCAGGGCUUGCAUGAGAAUGAGUGUGCAAGAAAGAGAGCAUGGCUUUGUACGAGUGUGUGAGUAGAUGAACACUCUGUGUGUGUGGUGUGUGUGUGUGUGGUGUGUGUGUGUGUGUGUGUGUGUACAGGGAGAUGCAGGCCUGUCUUUAUAGUUGCGAGAGCGAGAAACAACUGCAGAAAAAAAGGAUAAAACUGCCCAGGGCUCUGCUUUUUAAAGA